AUGAAACAAAUUUUAUGCUUAUUAUUUAUCUUACUUUUAACAUCAACUCUUAUUAAUGGAGUACCAAAUAAAUUAAUAGAAAUUGCAUGUCAAAGAAAUCCAUCACUAUCCAUGUGUUAUCGUAAAUCUAAUAUGCGUGAUGAUCCAUUUCCAAGAAAAAAUUCUAUUAAUAAUGGACAUGCUGAACCAUCAUCAAACCGAUUUUUCGGUAGAUUGUUAAAUGAUCAACCAAUAUAUAAUGAUAAAAAUUUAAUAAGAAACAUGCCAAAAUUUGCUCCAAAAACAAAAGUAGCUGUAUCAGAACUUCCUAGUGCUGUUAUUGAAACUUGUACUCCAGAUUGCACAGCACUUCACUGUACAAAUGAAUGUAAAUGUGCACAUACUCAUCGUCUAGUUCACACUAUUUGUAAUCCACCGGCUAAUGCUCAUAUUGCAAAUCAUUGUCAAUCAUGGUAUAUUAAAUGUCCCAUGUUCCAUCCAAUCCAAUAUUAA